AUGAAAUUCACAAAAAUACUUCUUCUGUCUUUGGAAUGCCUUAUCUCUGCCUGUGUUGUAAGAUGUUCUGAGAUAAAGCUGGUGAAAAAUGGUUAUGAUAAUGUUGUCAUCGCUAUUAACCCUGGGAUUCCAGAAAAUCUAACCCUCAUUACAAAAAUUCAGGAGAUGGUGACUUCAGCCUCGUCUUUCCUGUAUAAUGCCACCAAACAUCGAGCUUAUUUUCGAGAUGUGAAAAUUCUAUUGCCCAUUACUUGGACGCCACAACCAAGUUAUCAAAGACCAACCACCCAGUCCUACGAGAAGGCUAACGUGAUCAUUGCUGAAUCACAUGUUAAAUUUGGUGAUGAUCCGUACACCCACCAGUAUGGCAGAUGUGGUGAGAAGGGCCGAUAUAUUCACUUCACCCCCGGCUUCAUGCUGAACGACCAUAUGAUCCCUAUUUAUGGCCCACGAGGUAGAGUGCUUGUACAUGAGUGGGCCCAUCUUCAGUGGGGCGUGUUUGAUGAAUAUAAUGAUUUAGUGCCCUUUUAUUUCUCUGGUGAGGAAAUCCGAGCAACAGGGUGUUCAAAAGAGAUAAAAGGAGAGAUUACCUCAUGCUCAGUAAGCUCCUGCUCUUGUAACAUUGAUAGAAGCACCGGUCUCCCAAAUGGUGAUUGUUUGUUUUUCCCAGAUAAAACUCAAACAACAGCAGCUUCAAUAAUGUAUCUCCAAGGAUUGGAGGAUGUGGUUGAAUUCUGUGACAGUAAAAAUCACAAUGCUGAAGCACCAAAUAUGCAGAACAAAAUGUGCAAUUACAGGAGCACUUGGGAUGUGAUCAGUCAAUCAGAAGACUUCAAGAAUAACCCUCCAGCUGAUAUUACUUCCCUUGUGCCGACAUUCACUCUACUGCAUGCAAAGGAUCGAGUGCUGUGCUUAGUUCUUGAUGACUCUGGAAGCAUGCGUUCGGCAAACCGAAUUAACAGGCUCAGACAGGCAGCAUCGAUAUUCCUGCUGCAGAUCGUUGAAUUAGGAUCCCAGGUUGGCAUUGUUACCUUUGACAGCACUGCAAUUAUUAGAGCAAAUCUGAGACCAAUCGAAAAUGACAACGUACGAAAGGAGCUUCUACAGUUUCUGCCUACAACAGCAGAUGGUGGAACAAAUAUCUGUAGCGGGGUUCGGGCUGGUUUUCAGGUGCUCAGUCGGGAUGAUGGUGCUACAAAUGGUGAUGAAAUAGUUGUGCUGACUGAUGGGGAGGACUUUUCUAUAAGCAGAUGCUUUGAAGAAGUGAGACAAAGUGGAGCUAUUAUCCACACCAUUGCAUUAGGACCAAGUGCAGCCAAAGAACUGGAGCAACUAUCAUCUAUGACAGGUGGCUUGCAGUUUUUGGCCACUGAUAAUGUGGAUGAAAAUGGACUAAUUGAUGCUUUCACUGGAUUAGUCUCAGGAAAUGGCAACAUUAGCCAACAGUCGAUCCAGCUUGAAAGUUCUGGAAAGAGCAUUAACAGGAAUAGUUGGUUCAACGGCACAGUUUACAUUGAUAAAACCAUUGGGAAUGAUACUUUCUUUGUAAUCACAUGGCAGACUGCUGUACCAUCUAUCUUUGUAGAAGACCCUAGUGGAAAAAUUUAUAACAAUGCAAACUUUGAGAUAGACAAUACUUUACUUACAGGGCGGCUUGCCAUUCCUGGCACAGCACAGAUAGGAGCCUGGAACUAUGCGAUACAGAAUAAGGCAACCACAGUUCAGGAUAUAGCCAUCACAGUGACGUCCCGUGCAGCAGAUGAGAAAGUUCCUCCUGUUACUGUCAAUGGACACAUCAAUCAAGCUAAAUCAGAAUGGCCAAAGCCUCUGAUCAUUUUUGCAGAAGUCAGUCAUGGUUUUCUGCCAGUUAUUGAUGCAAAUGUAACAGCCACAGUGGAACGAGCAGAUGGCAAUUCUGUCGACGUUGUUCUUCUAGAUAAUGGCGCAGACCCUGAUGCUGUUAAAAAUGAUGGUAUUUAUUCUCGGUACUUUACUAAGUUUGCUGGAAGUGGACGAUACAGCCUUAAAAUAUCUGUUCAAGGAAAAAAUGGAAAAACAAAAUUAGCAGCCAGGUGGCAAGGCCGUGCCAUGUACAUACCAGGAUAUGUGCAAAAUGGCUUUAUUCAACAAAAUCCGCCAAGACCACCGUCUGUUGAUGAUGGCACUCAGCCAGACUUGGGAAGUUUCAAGAGAGUCAAGUCAGGUGGCACUUGUUUUGUAAGUCAGGUUCCUACAGGAACUCCCCCUGACAGGUUUCCACCUAAUAAAAUCAUGGAUCUUAUAGCAACAGUAGUUGAAGAUAAAAUACAACUGAACUGGACAGCACCAGGCGAUGAUUUUGAUCAAGGAAAUGCUUCCUACUACGAAAUACGGAUGAGUAAAAACUUUACACAGCUGAAAGAUUAUUUUCAAUCUGCUCAUCAGGUCAACACCACUGGGUUGAAUCCAAAGACUGCAAAUUCAGAGGAAUCAGUUAUGAUCUCUGAGAAUAUUGAACUGAAAAAUGGGACAGUAAUCUACUUUGGAGUUGUUGCAUAUGAUAAAGUAAACCAAACUUCAGAGUUGUCAAAUAUAGCACUGGCUGCCUUGCUUUUGCCUCCUCCAAUUCCAUCUACUCCGUCUACCUCACCAAACCAGUCGCAGCCACUGACAACAUCUCGUUCAUCUAGCGCGACAACAUCUCGUUCAUCUAGCGCAACCACAUCAAUGAGACCACCUAGCUCACCUUCCCAACCUAAUGAAUCGCCGGUGAUUAACAUUACGGCAAUUGUUCUAUUAGUUGGUUGUGUUGUAGUUAUUGUGACUCUGAUCAUUGCCAUAACUGUGUGCAUUGUGGCUACCAGACGUCGUCAGCAAGUAUCACCUAGAUAG